CACCUCCUGUCCUUCCUCCCCUGACUCAGCUGCUCUACCCUCCCUGGAGCUGCGGGAGUUCAUUUAAGGGCCCCUGGGCCCUGGAUUUAUUAAGUGCCGGCAGCAGAAACAUGAGGGCCUGGGGCCUUCUCCUCCUGGUGGCCCUCCUGGCUUUGGGGAGCCAGCUGCCUGCUGCCUUGGCCAGGAGGAAGGGAGAGAAAUCUGGGGGCUGCCCACCGGACGACGGGCCCUGCCUCCUUUCGGUGCCUGACCACUGCGUGGACGACAGCCAGUGUCCCGCAAGGAUGAAAUGCUGCUACAAAGCUUGCUUCCGCCAGUGUGUCCGUAAGAUCUCAGUCAAGCCCGGCAGCUGCCCGGAGGACCGCCUGCGCUGCCUCAGCCCCGUACAGCAUCUGUGCCACCAGGACUCAGACUGCAAGGGCUCGGCUCGCUGCUGCCUGGGCGCCUGUGGCCGUGACUGCCGCAGCCCUGCACGAGGCUAAUUCUGGUUUCGGAUAUUCAGGAUGGGGUUCCUAGCAGGAAGAGGUGAUGAUGGGGGGAGCCUGGGACCCCGCCCAGAGAGCACUAUCUCUGCCAGCGGCAGUUCCAACCUUCUGAUGAGCACUGAUCUGCUGUCACUUCCCAUCCACCCCUCGUUUCUCUUCCUGGGAGUCGAGUGCACAGAUAGACUCCUGUCACCCUGUGCCACCAACAAUUUCUUCAUACAGUUUCUCCUAAAAUGCCCAAUUCAGAUAGGCCCUUCUUUUGGGGGGUCCUAGCCCCUCCCUCAGGCAGCCCAGCCACCACCAAGGUAUGUUCUAGCAGAAUUUUCCAGACAUUACCUAGCCACAUACCCCUUUCCACAACUUUCGCCACGCCUGCAAAAUAGCAUUGCGAUAUCUUGUGUACUCUCUGUACUAUGUAUCUAAUGUUUUUCUUUAAGUGGACUCGCUUUUGUAUAUAAAUAAAUUUAUUUCCAAAGAAAAGCUUGCUACCAUCACUAUAAAAUGGGACAUGCAGGAUGACUGCCUCAAAUAAAAUGUAACUGUAACAGCAGAUGCAAUGAAAAUGGCGAAGUUCCAUUAAAGUCGGUCUUGUCAGAUCA